UCACUGCCAGGCGCCGGGCGGCACGUCGCCCGGGCCCUCGGCGGGCUUUUCGGGGACAAAGAUGGCUAUGGCCAGCGACUUCUACCUGCGCUACUACGUAGGUCACAAGGGCAAGUUUGGACACGAGUUUCUGGAGUUUGAGUUUCGGCCGGACGCAGUUUUUGCUGUUAUAGAUUGAAUUUUUUUCCACUUCCCACAGGAAAACUUAGAUAUGCCAACAACAGCAAUUAUAAAAAUGAUGUCAUGAUCAGAAAGGAGGCUUAUGUUCACAAGAGUGUAAUGGAAGAAUUGAAGAGAAUUAUUGAUGACAGUGAAAUUACAAAAGAAGAUGAUGCUUUGUGGCCUCCCCCUGACAGGGUUGGUCGGCAGGAGCUUGAGAUUGUAAUUGGAGAUGAACACAUUUCGUUUACCACAUCAAAAAUAGGUUCUCUUAUUGAUGUUAAUCAGUCAAAGGAUCCUGAAGGCCUUCGAGUAUUUUACUAUUUGGUACAGGACCUGAAAUGUUUAGUUUUUAGUCUUAUUGGAUUACAUUUCAAGAUUAAACCAAUCUAAAUUGUCUGUUUUUUCAGACUGUGUUUAUAUUUAAAGGGUGGGUGAGGGAGGGUUUGUCAUUUAUAAUAUUGGGGUUUUUAUGAAUGUGAAGCAAACUUUUUGUAUGCAAAUUGAAAGUAAGAAAAUAUAUAAACAGGCUUAAUGGUUAUCUUCCCUUGAGUGCAAGUGGAUUGGACAGUCCCCACACACAUUAAAUUCUGUAAAUGAAAGCCACCUUUUAUUGAAAUUUUGCUCCAAUAAAACGUAUCAAAGCCUGGAUGGACAGUGCUUUUUUUCCUUCGGGAGGGGGUAUCUGUGAUCCAUUUUAAAGAUAAAAAUUGUUCUAGGAGGUGCAUCCUGUGGCAGAGGGUCUUUCAUGUAGAAACAUGUAGCCAGAUUCCCAUCCAGUUGUAGAUGUUCUCUUGUUUCUACUGUACCUGAUGGGAUUUAAUUUUUUGGUGCUUAUAGAAGUUGUUUUUAGAAGGUUUUGGACUUUUUACAUUUGUGACAAACCCCUCAAGGAUUAUUCACAUUUAAAUGUUUUUGUAUAAGCAGUGGUUUCCUCAGGGUUACGAAGGCAAAGUCAGUACCCCAAGUUAGGCACAUCUUGUAUUAUGCCACUAUUCCCAUAUUUCACAAUAUAUAUAUUUUGUAUAUCUGUGGGAAAUAAAUGAGUUCUCAGCUCUAAAAAUUGUCUAAAAUUUAGACUUACAUGUCUGUGUGUGUGUGUAUUUAUAUCCUAACCCCUGAUGAACACAGAUCCCAGUCAUAUUUCUCAGUUCCCUUCAACCUCUUUCUGAUAGACUUGAUUACUUCUCCUGUUAGUAACUAAUGCACUAAUAUUCUGUCACUUUUCCAUGUGAACCUUCACUAAAAGUGUACAGUCCUGGUAGUCAUCAUCCACUUUGCCCAGGGACCUUAGGGUAGAAGAAUUGGUGUCGCCAGGACUCCUGAGCCGCUAGACUAGAGCAGCUCUGUCCAGUAAACUUCUGUGUGAUAAAAGAGAUGUUCUGUAUCUGAGUGGUCCAAUAGAGUAGCCACUGGAUACUACAUGAGGCUACUGAGUACUUGAGAUGUGGCUAAUAUAAUUGAAUAUAAACGUAGAAAACUGUUGAAAGAAUUGUAAAAUGAACACCCAUAUGCCAAUCUAGAUUCUAUGAUUAACAUUUCUCCUUUACUGUAAUAAGUCUGUUAUAAGUCUGUCCUGUUGUUGAUUUUUCAUUUAUGGGUAGAAUAGCUGGUAUAAUUGGUGCCAAUAGACUAUUUUUUUUAGUGCUAUUUAAUUUUUAUUAAAUUUAGAUAGCUAAGUGAAGUUUGUGGCUAUCUUUUGGACAGUGCAGCUAUAGAGCAUGGCUUGGUAGCUUGUUUAUGGUGGAGUGCUUCUGGUCCUUUACAUUGUAUUAAAAUGUGUGGCCAUCCUCUUCCGGUUUGCCAUGGAAAGUUACCUGAUCUCCAGAUUACCAUUGUGUAAGACAAUGCUUUCAUCCCCUUCAGGUCUCAUGAAAAUAAGCACAUUUCUGUUCAAGCUGUAGACCUUGUUGGAUUUGCAGUAUAAUUCUCUUAAACUAGAUGUCAACCUCAAGGAGAAAACUCCUGUGGGCCAACAAUUUUUGGUUGUUCCUCAAAAUGAUCAUUCUAUGGCUUUUAUUGGAUAAGACAAUCCACUCAAGACUGAGCAAGACUGGGGAGAAAUAGUCCUUGGGUUAGAAAGUCUUUAAUAUGUUAACUCUGUCCUCAUUCUUAACUUCCUCCUGGUGCUAAUUAUUAUGGUCUAUCCCCAGUAUCUAGUAUGGUUCUUGUAUUCAAACCAAGAUUGGAGAAUAGGUCAAGAUAAAUAUUUUAUAUGUUCUCUGAUAUUCUUGUACCUUUUUUGAACUGGCCCUUACUUCAUUGUAAGCUGCUGGUGGACAACCAGCAUUAAACAUUAAAUUUUGUACAGCACUAAUUUUAUGUGAAAUAGGAUUUCUGUAGCACUCAGGUCAGCAGAUGUCCUCUGCUCUCACUCCCCCCGCAAUGAAGAGACCUCUUGAAAUAAAUUUAUCUUUCAGCUGUUGAUUUUGCACCCCAUUCCCUCAUUUGCCCCUUCACGGGAUGGAGUGUCACUACCCAGCACCUUACACAGUUUUCUGUAUAGUAGAUGCUUUAUAAAAAUUUAUUCAACUGGCUGUCUUUUGUAUUUGCUGCCUUCAGAUUACUUGUCUUUGUAACUUAGUCUGAGGUGUAAGAGAUUCAUUUCUAUCGCUAUGGAUACCUUUCGAUUAUCACGAGUUUUUCACAUGAACAUACUCAUACUACAGUCCUAUAUUCAAACACACUGGAUAAGGAUGUGUCUCGGAUGUGGUGCAACUGUGAUCCUAAGUUCUAUGUAUUCUAGGUUGCUCAACCAAAGCAACAAAUAGAGCACAGCAAAGAGGAUGGGCGAGAAUCGGGGUGACCUGCCAGGCUCUUCUGUUUUAUUUACUCAUAUAUUUUUAUUUUGAGUUUCCCAGUUUUGUGCCUGUUACUACAGUUAAUGAGCGCAAGUAGAUAUUUCAUUGAUGUCAG